AUUAUUUUUCUUCGUAGUCAUCUCUUGCCAGCCUAACCUACCUUUAUUACCAGAUAAUUUUAACAAUAUAACUGGUAUAAGGUAUAACCAUCAUGGCUGAUCCUGCAAAGGUUGCGGAAGGGCUGCAAAACGCAGCCCUCAAGGACCUCAAAGGAACCGAAAAGCGAGACGCACUCAUCGCGAUCGAGAAGAAGUACCAGCAAGAAUGGGAGCAACAAGGCCUCUUCAAUGCCAAUGCACCUUCGACUGCCGAUAUUCCCCUCCAUUCCAUCUCUGCAGCCGAAUUACGAGAGAAGUUUCCCAAGUUUUUCGGUACUAUCGCUUUUCCCUACACAAACGGUCGUCUACACGUGGGCCAUGCCUUUUCCUUCAGCAAGGUCGAAUUCCACGUCGGAUACAACCGAAUGAAGGGCAUUAACGUCCUAUGGCCCCAAGGUUACCAUUGUACCGGUCUUCCCAUCAAGGCUUGCGCCGAUAAGCUUGUUAAGGAGGUCGAGAUGUUUGGUCAAGAGUUUGAAAAAUACAAGGAGGAAGAAGAGCCCAUCGAGACAGUUGCUGCGCCGGCCCAAAGAGAAAGGGAAGAUGUAACUAAAUUUACCGCCAAGAAGGGUAAGGCCGCCGCCAAAUCGGUCAAGAUGAAGUACCAAUUCCAGAUCAUGCAAGCUAUGGGCAUCCCCAUUCAACAAAUACAUCUUUUCGCCGACCCUGCCUAUUGGCUCGAAUACUUCCCGCCCCUUUGCAAACUCGACCUUAGCAACUUCGGUAGUCGAAUCGACUGGAGAAGACAAUUCGUCACGACGGAUGCCAACCCGUACUUCGAUGCGUUCGUCCGUUGGCAGAUGAUCCGGCUAAAGGAACUCGACAAAAUCAAGUUCGGUAAACGUCAUACAAUUUACUCCAUCAAGGAUGGUCAGCCUUGCAUGGAUCACGACAGAAGCGAAGGAGAAGGCGUCAACCCGCAGAUAUACGUGGCAAUUAAGAUGGAGGUUCUCGAGUUCACCUCGAAAGCCAAGGAAGCCCUGCAAGGGAAGCUGUCAGGAGGCGCAAAAGUGUACUUGGUCCCAGCAACCCUACGAGCAGAGACGAUGUAUGGACAAGUAGCUUGCUUUGUUGCGCCCAAGAUCACUUACGGCGUUUAUGAAGCUGCCCCCAACGAGUAUUACGUUAUGACCGAAAGAGCCGCUAGAAACAUGUCUCACCAAGAAAUAUUCGCCGAAGAAGGCGUCAUCAAGAAGGCAACGGAAGUCCUAGGCUCCGAUCUUAUUGGGUCAUUAGUGGACGCUCCUUUGAGCUUCCACAAGAGUGGUGUUCGGGUUCUUCCUAUGGAAACAAUCCUUGAAACCAAAGGAACAGGAGUAGUAACGUGCGUGCCAUCUGACUCUCCCGACGACUAUGCCACAAUAACGGAUCUAGCCAAGAAGGCCGAUUAUUACAAGAUUCAAAAGGAGUGGGCAGAGCUAGAGAUCCACCCCAUUAUCAAAACCCCCACUUCUAAUCUCCUCGCCCUUGAGUUAGUCAAGAAGUUGAAGAUUGCGUCCCCGAAGGAUGUCAAGCAACUCAAGGAGGCUAAGGAGUUGGCAUACAAGGAGGGCUUCUACCAGGGUCAUAUGCUUGUGGGAGACUUCAAGGGUGAGAAAGUAGCAGACGCGAAGCCCAAGGUUCGCGCGCAGCUUAUCGAAGCCGGCCUUGCCUUCGAAUACGCAGAACCCGAAAACAAGGUUGUUAGCAGAAGUGGUGAUGAAUGUACUGUGGCACUCAUGGAGCAGUACUACAUCGACUAUGGCGAAGAUUCGUGGCGCGCAAUUGCUACCGAAUAUGUUGAGAACAAGGAUGGAAAGGGUCUCAACACAUAUUCCAACGAUACCCGGAACGCUUUCAUGGGUGUACUUGACUGGCUCAAGCAGUGGGCGUGCGCAAGAACAUACGGUCUAGGCUCAAAACUCCCGUGGGCACCGGAAUUCCUCGUAGAAAGUUUGAGUGACUCCACAAUCUACAUGGCCUACUACACGGUAGCUCACUUCCUCCACAGUGAUCUAUUCGGGCGAGAAAAGGGAACCGGUAAUAUUUCUCCAGAUCAGAUGAUCGAUGAGAUUUGGGAUUAUAUCUUUUGCCGUACUGAAUUCACCGACGACCUUGUGACCAAGUCAAAGAUCCCCAAAGAGACCCUCGAGUCGAUGCGUCGUGAAUUCGAAUACUUCUACCCUCUCGAUCUGAGAGUGAGUGGUAAGGAUUUGAUCAACAACCAUCUUACGUUUGCUCUGUAUAACCACAUUGCACUAUUCCCUAGGGAAUAUUGGAUCCAAUCUAUCCGAGUAAACGGCCACCUUCAGCUUAACGGUGAGAAGAUGUCGAAGAGUACUGGUAACUUUAUGACUCUCGAUGAUGUUGUGAAGAAAUUCGGCGCCGACGCGUCUCGUAUCGCCCUAGCAGACGCCGGAGAUACCAUUUCCGAUUCGAACUUCGUUGAGGACGUCGCUGACAACACCGUCCUUCGACUACACACUCUAAAAGAAUGGUGCGAGGAAAUGGCUAAUAGCCAAGAACUCCGAACCAAAAAGAAUGACUUUGAGGACGCGCUAUUCGAUAACGAGAUGAACACUCUACUACGCGAAGCGCGACACCACUACGAGGAGACUAACUACAAAAUGGCUCUUAAGUCUUGCUUCUACGAUCUUACUAACGCCAAGGAUAUCUACAGAGGGUCUUGCGCCGCCGCAGGAAUUCCAAUGAAUAAGGAGUUGGUAUUUAAGUAUAUUCGACUUCAAGCCUUAUCUCUCACACCAAUUGCUCCGCAUUGGUCUGAGUAUAUCUGGCUUGAGAUUCUCCACGAAUCCAAGACAAUACAGCUAGCUCGUUGGCCCGAGGUUCCAGAAAACAAUCCCGGACUUAGCGCUGCUCGUACUUAUGUUUUGACAACACAGUCCAACAUUACGUCAGCUGAGGCGGCACAGAUCAAGAAGAUGGCUAAGGGAAAGCAGGCCAACUUCGAUCCCAAGAAGCCAAAGAAGCUCACCGUUUUCAUAACAAAGGAGUUCCCUAAGUGGCAAAACGACUCCAUCGACCUCAUCAAGGAGGUAUGGGAUCCGGAAACCAAGAAGCAGAAGUGCACCGACAAGGAGCUUCUCGGUCGCAUCAGCAAGAUAGGGAAGGUGAAGGACGCGAUGCCUUUCGUUCAACGUCUCAAGAAACGCCUCAAUGAAGGAGAGCCGAUUAGUGUCGUGGCAGAGCGCAAGUUAGCAUUUGACGAGCUGAAGAUAGUCACAGCCAUGGUGCCUGGCCUUAAACGAGCAGCAGGCCUGUCGGCUAUCGAUGUUAUCUUAGUCACCGAAGGCAGCAAGACGGGUUCAGAUCUCCUGAACGGCGGUGACGUCGAGAUCAAGUCCCAAAUUGCCGAACAGGCACAGCCGGGCCAACCGUCUUUCCUAUUCGAGAACAUUGCGGCGUAGACAAGAUAGAUGAAUUUCUGCCGCCUAAAAAAAGGGGAACGGUCCCGUACCGUUGUAUCGCGAUAGCUUCGAUCGUGUGGGGACUAGCCAACUCCCGCUAGAAGGGCCCGCUACGAUGGCCAGGCCACGGACAGGAUGGUACUGAUGGAAGCGGAUGUUUUCCGAUUAUUCCUUCAUAUGGUCUAAGAAAACUGUAGGAUACGGAUUACUUGUUUCGGCUACGGUUAUUACUGUAUCUCGCCUAGAUAGCUUCAUCCUGCCUCCGUAGAGUGUGUGAAGCCCCUCACUUAUGGCCUAAGAAAAGAUGAUGAACAUUAAAACAUCCGGAUGAAACAAAUACUCGAUAAAGAUACCGCUAUUUUCUUGAAAUCAAGGAGGUGUCUCUA